AUGUCACAAUCUUUAAAGCCAUAUUUAACAGCAGUUAGAUCGUCAUUAACAGCCGCUAUUUGUUUAGAAGAUUUUUCUUCACAAUUAGUUGAAAGACACAAUAGGCCUGAAAUUGAAGUAGACAAUACACAUACUCCAGAGUUAAUAUUGAAUCCAAUGGCUAUAGCCAGAAAUGAGAACGAAAAAGUGUUAAUUGAACCAUCAAUCAAUUCCGUAAGAGUUUCCAUUAAGAUUAAACAAGCUGAUGAAAUUGAACAAAUCUUAGUUCAUCAAUUCACAAGAUUUUUAACAUCCAGAGCUGAAAAUUUCUUCAUCUUGAGGAGGGUACCAAUUAAAGGGUACGAUAUUUCAUUUUUAGUAACAAAUUUCCAUACUGAACAAAUGUUGAAGGAUAAAUUAGUAGAUUUUAUCAUUGAAUUCAUGGAAGAAGUUGAUAAGGAAAUAAGUGAAAUGAAAUUGUUCCUUAAUGCAAGAGCUAGAGUUAUUGCUGAAGCUUAUUUAACACCAUUUGAUUAA